GCAGGGCCUGGCAGGAGACAUGGUUUGAGGCAGGAAAGCAGUCUGGGCUGCAGAGGCCAAGACCCACGGCUGGGAAGCUCCUUGGCUCAGGCUGGGGGCUGGUAGACGCUCCACGAAUGACGUAUGGGUUUUUUUUCCCAGUGCCUGGCUGCAGUCUGCAGACUUGAUGUAUAGCCUGGCGUGAUGGCUCUCAGCUGGCACAGAUUCAGGGUUUAUCAGCCCUAUUAAGGAGACGUUUGCUUCUUCGGAUAGUUUCCCAGCUGCUGUGGGCGUCUCGCAAUUCUCCUUUGUAGCGGAGUCAGAGGAGGCUCCCCGUUUCACUCAGGGUCCUGCUCUCCACUCCCUGUCUCUGCUGCCUCUGACUGCUCUGCUUGUUCUGGAACGGCAACCGGUCCUGCUUCAGCUCUUUCUUGCGGACUGACAGCCGGUCUCUGCCCUUCAGAUUCCCUUUUAAUUUUAUUCUAUAGUUUCUGGACUUUAAAAAAAUUGGGUAAAAUGUCGUGCAACGCUGCAGUGAAAGAGAAGAGAUUUCUGUUCACAUCUGAGUCUGUUGCAGAAGGGCAUUCAGAUAAAAUGUGUGACCAGAUCAGUGAUGCUGUUCUUGAUGCUCAUAUCAAGGUUGAUCCAGAUGCCAAGGUUGCCUGUGAAUGUGUGGCCAAAACGGGGAUGAUCUUACUUUGUGGUGAAAUUACUUCCAAAGCAGUCGUUGAUUACCAGCAAGUUGUGAGAGACACAGUCAAGAAGAUUGGGUAUGAUGACUCUUCCAAAGGAUUAGAUUACAAGACUUGCACUGUGCUGGUAGCCCUAGAACAGCAAGGCCAUGAAAUCAAGCAGGCCAUCUCCAGUGGAAAGGGUGGCGGAGAUGAUAUUGGAGCUGGCGACCAGGGCUUGAUGUUUGGUUAUGCAACUGAUGAAACGGAGGAGUGCAUGCCCUUAACGAUCUUGCUUGCACAUCAACUGAAUGCAAAGAUCAAAUCGCUGGAGAGGAAUGGAACUUUGCCCUGGGUUAGACCAGAUGGGAAAACUCAGGUCACAAUGGAAUAUAGAGAAAUUGGCGGUGUAGUGGAGCCAAUACGUGUACACACCUUGGUUAUAUCUGUACAUCACGCUCCUGAGGUGGCAUUGGAGCAAAUGCAGAAAGACCUGAUGGAUAAAGUUGUGAAAGAAGUGAUUCCAACAAAAUUCCUGGAUGAGAACACAGUCUAUCACCUCCUGCCAAGUAAAGCAUUUCUAGAAGGUGGCCCUAAGUGUGAUGCAGGCCUGACUGGCAGAAAGAUCAUUGUUGAUACCUAUGGUGGCUGGGGAGCUCAUGGCGGAGGUGCUUUUUCGGGAAAAGAUCCGUCAAAAGUCGACCGCUCAGCAGCUUAUGCAGCUCGCUGGGUGGCAAAGUCCUUGGUGAAAGCGGGCCUUUGCAGGAGAGUCUUGGUCCAGCUGUCUUAUGCCAUUGGGUUGAGUCACCCUCUGGCCAUCUCAGUGUUCCACUAUGGCACUUCUGACAGAUCAGAAGAUGAGCUGCUUGCUAUUGUUCAGAAGAACUUUGACCUUCGCCUUGGGCCAAUUAUAAGGGAGCUGAAUUUGAAGAGUCCUAUUUAUCAACAGACUGCAUGCUACGGGCAUUUUGGAAGAGAAGAAUUUACAUGGGAGCAACCUAAAAAGCUGAUUUAUUAAAGUUGUUUUGACGGUGAAAUUUUAAAGAAGUCAAUCUGAUCUAAACUGUCAGAAGAAAAAAUUGUGAAACUGCUGCAAAUCAGCCAUUUUAUAAUUUUUUUACAAAUACAAUAAUUUUGUUCAUUGUUUAUCUCACUUUUAAUUGAUUUAUAAUGGAAAUGAUUCAAAAAUUGUGAAACUGCUGCAAAUCAGCCAUUUUAUAUUUUUUUUACAAAUACAAUAAUUUUGUUCAUUGUUUA